AUGAACAUUGAGUCCGGAUAUAUAGUGCACUCGGAUAUGUUUCCCAAAGUUAAUGUAAGUAAUGAUGUAAAAUCGGAUGUAGUGGAUGAUGAUAUUAAACUGCAUGAAGUGAAGGAUGAUGUUAAACUUAUUGUUGUCGAGAUAGAUGUUGGUCAACAUUUUAUAAAUGAACAAACGUUUACUGUUCGUGAACAUAUGUUUGAAUGGGUCUGCAUGAAGGUCAGGAAAUUGGGGUUUGACGUUGUAAUCAGAAUGUCUGGCAAUAGUUCAAAAAGAAGGCAAGCAUUUGCAACCAUAAGAUGCGACAGAAGUGACACAUAUGUUCCACCGAUUCAAAAGUUGAAACGUGAUGACAUCGAAUCGAGAAAAUGUGGUUGUCCAUUUAAAUUUUGUGGAUAUUGUAAGGUGAAUGAUACAUGGAAAUUUAAUGUGAUUUAUGGUAUACAUAAUCAUGUUUUGCAAACCGAGCUAGUCGGUCAUCCCAUCAUAUGUCGCCUUAAACCAGGAGAGAAGGAAAUUGUUUCUGACAUGUCUUUAAUCAGGGUGGCGUCGAAAAACAUACUUGCAGAUUUGAAACGGAAAAGACCUGAAAAUGUUUCAAAUAUCAAACAGCUUUUGGAUGAUAACCAAUAUGUUUCUAGGUACAAAGUUUUUAGGAAAAAGUCAUUGCUUCCGCUUCUAGAAGUUAUUGGUGUUACUUCUAAUGAGAAUACUCUUUUAGUGGGAUUUUCCUUUUUGGAAUCCGAAGAAGAUGUCAACAUUACAUGGGCCUUGGAAAUAUGUAAGACUUUGUUGAAGGAACAAGAAAACAUGUUAAAUAUAAUUAUCAUUGACCAAGACACUGCAUUGAUGAAUUCGGUUGAAAAGGUGUUUCCUACAUCAUACGCAUUAAUUGGUUGA